CACCUACCCUCUAUGUUUCUCUCUCUCUCUCUCUACCUCCAGUGUAAGAUCUACCUUCUCUAGGCUGAGUAGCUUAUAAGAGGAGGUUUUCCCUCAAACUUUUGCCACUUCCAGGCUGGGUGCUGUCUCUCUGUGUGUGUGUGUGUACACACCUACUGUAGAUUGGUAGACACCAUCCUUUGGAAUUGCUACUGCCAGAUUAGAAACAGGGAAUAUUAUCAUGGAGAAUUCAGCAAAAGAAAACAUUCAGUUGUUCUCAAAAACCAUAAUCCUGCCAAUUGACAGGUCUUCAUCUAAAUCUGAAUCUUCCGCUUCCAAGGAGAAACAAACAUGCUGUGGAGGUAUAAAGAUAUUUCUUGGCGCAUUAUCCUUUGUUUACUUCGCUAAAGCAUUGUCAGGAAGUUAUCUAAAAAGUACCAUCACCCAAAUAGAAAGAAGAUUCGAUAUCCCUUCUUCUUUGGUUGGUGUUAUUGACGGCAGCUUUGAAAUUGGAAAUCUCCUAAUCAUAAUUCUUGUAAGCUACUUUGGAGCAAAACUUCAUAGGCCAAAGAUAAUUGGAGUUGGUUGCCUAAUAAUGUCAGCUGGAACCUUUCUAAUUGCGAUGCCCCAAUUCUUUAUGGGCCGCUAUAGGUAUGAGAUAUUUUCUUCCUCCACCAAUUCUACUGUCAGCAUCUCCCCAUGUCUACAGGAUAAAAACCAAAUACCACUCUCAGUCUUAGAAAGGUCUCAAGCCAAAAUAAAUGCAGGAUGUGAAAAAGAUGUUGGAUCGUCCAUGUGGAUCUAUGUUUUGCUUGGGAAUCUUUUGCGUGGGAUAGGGGAGACUCCUAUCCAGCCUUUGGGAAUUACGUACAUUGACGAUUAUGCCAAUGAAGAGAGUGCUGCUUUCUACAUUGGGUGUGUACAGACAGUUGCAAUUAUAGGGCCAAUAUUUGGUUUUCUUUUAGGAUCCCUCUGUGCCAAACUAUACGUUGACAUUGGCUUUGUAGACCUGGACAGUAUAACAAUAACUCACAAUGAUGCCCGAUGGGUAGGAGCUUGGUGGCUUGGUUAUUUAAUAGCAGGUGUGUUAAGUGUUCUGGCUGCCAUCCCGUUCUGGUUCUUACCAAAGCACCUGCCAAGACCAGAAAGCAGAAAGGAUUCCAGUACCUCCUCUGAGCAGUCAAAGUUCAUUAUUGAAGAUAACAGGGAGCAUCACAGAUCUUACGAACAGCAAGUAAAGAUACUUGAAAUGGCGAAAGAUUUCCUGCCAUCAGUGAAGAACCUCUUCGGAAAUCCAGUUUUCUUUCUAUAUUUAUGUGCAAGCAUCAUUCAGUUCAAUUCUUUAAUUGGCAUGGUAACAUAUAAACCAAAAUAUAUUGAGCAACAGUAUGGGCAAUCAUCCUCAAAAACGAAUUUUGUUAUAGGUCUUGUCAACAUUCCUGCUGUGGCCUUUGGGAUAUUCUCAGGAGGACUGAUCAUGAAAAAAUUCCGGAUUAAUGUUUUGGGAGCUGCAAAACUGUCCUUGGGAUCAUCCUUCUUUGGUUACCUCUUGCUACUUUCAUUAUUUGCAAUGGGCUGUGAGAACUCAGACGUGGCAGGACUGACGGUGUCUUAUGAAGGAACAAAACAGGUCUCUAGUUAUGAAGAGACCCUCUUUUCUAAGUGUAAUUCGGGAUGCAUAUGUUCAAAAAAUGAAUGGGAUCCUAUAUGUGGGGAAAAUGGAAUCACCUACGUGUCGGCGUGUCUUGCUGGUUGCAAAACAUCCAAUGGAAGCGGAAAAACCUCUGUAUUUUAUAAUUGCAGCUGUGUGGGAAUUACAGCAUCUCCAUCAAGAAGCUCCUCAGCGGUGAUGGGAGUGUGCCAAAAAGGAAAUGAAUGUCCAAAAAUGUUUCUGUAUUUUCUGGUAAUAUCAGUCAUCACUUCAUAUACUUUGUCAAUAGGUGGUACACCUGGAUAUAUACUACUUCUAAGAUGCAUUAAACCACAACUAAAAUCUUUUGCGCUUGGUAUUUAUACCUUGGCAAUAAGAGUUCUUGCAGGAGUCCCAGCCCCUGUGUAUUUUGGAGUGUCAAUAGACACCACAUGCCUGAAAUGGGGAAGCAAAAGGUGUGGGGGAAGAGGAGCGUGUAGGCUAUAUGAUUCUAAUGCAUUUAGAUACAUAUAUUUGGGAUUAACCGUGGUCUUGGGCACCAUGUCCAUUUUCUUGAGUAUUGCGGUCCUUUUCGUCUUAAAGAAAAGGUAUGUUCCGCAAGAUGAAAACAUCACAGCCAAUGGAGGGAGAGGAAUGGUCUCAGUACAAAACAGGAAAGAUAAUUUUGUCAAUAGCGACUAUUUAAUUCAGACAACCUACUGGCCAGAAAAGGAAACUCGACUUUAGGAAAAUGGAUUUUUUCAGGGGAAUUUUGACCAGCAGGGGCAGUUCUGUACAGAAAUCCAACAUAAGUGAACAUGUUUUAGUGGGUGGAUGUAACUGAGCAUCCAUUUUGAAAAUGUUCCCCUUUAUCCAACUUUGACUGUAAAUACCAAAAAUCAUCUUAGAACAUGUAUAGGUCUGAAAAUACAGUUCAACAUUUGUCUUAAAAAUAUGGGGUGAAAUUCACUCUUCUCCACGCAAAGCCCGGUAACAGACUCUCUGCAGAGAAUUAAUUGGGCGUUCUGGAGAUGCUGUUCACUUCUUAACCUGAAGGCAGGCAGUAUGGCUGCCACAGAGUUCCUCCUCAGCAACUCUUCUGGUUUUCAGCUGGAAUAGGAGUUGCUGCCCCUUUGUGUGAGGGGCAAGGGGUGGCCUGGAACCUAUGGCCCAAUCUUAGUGAUCUCUUCCAUAUUAACCUAUAAGGAAUGGGCCUAGAAAUACGCUUCAUGGUACACAAGGGACAUAGAGACCCCCUUCCACGGAUGCUUGUCAAUAAAUGCCCCAUACAACCAACCCAACUGAAACAGUUAAGUGGCGUCUUGGGCUUUCUGUGAGGCUCUCUACACCAGGUAAAUUCCAUCCAUGAUGUUUUGACCAUUCAGUGUUGUGGUUAGGAAUUGCUUCUCAAAUUUACUCACACAACCUCUGUUCAAUCAUGGCAUCAAUAACAAAAAAGUUGUCACUAGCAAAACCACUACAUUGUGGUUUCCUCUGACUCUGCCAAAGGAAAUUUGAAUUAAAGAUACAGCUAUUCUAUGUUUUAAAUGGUUUCUAACUGUUUGCUAACACUCAAUAACUGUAUAAUUCCAUACCUUUUUUAUACAAUGUAGUAAGCAAGAUGAUAUAACAUAUACCUGUUUAAAAAACAAUGACAAGACCCUUUGGGAAUAA